CGCGCGCGCGAUGCGAGGUAGCGUUUUCUGCGACCGAGCGAAAACGCGCGGCAACAACAAACAUCGUCGCCCUUCUCGAAGGAUCUAAGGUAAAAUUGCGACAAACAAGUCACCUAAAAACUGUCGGCGGAAAUGACUAAAUUUCGGGGACCUUCUGGAUCCUUCGAGAAGGCGAUGACAGUAUAAAGGUAAGCCGCCAACCGAGCGCGGCGCAUUCCGCUCAGAGUACUUUGACGCGUGUACGCUACUCGAGUGAAAUAAAGAGUCGGUCUCGUUUAGUGAAAUAGACAUAUUUCAGUGCCGUUGUGUGACUACCGGAGCAACUCCGAGACAGACGAUUUAUCGCUGUUUAUCCGCCGCGUGCGAAUUAUAAUCGUAUCUCGCGUAUGAUUAAUAUAGCAAAGUGUUAAGAUUCUAUUCAUCUUAGAAUCGAGCGCGUCUCGAUACUCGCGGGUGUCGUUGUCCGUCGGCCGUCUCAUUUCGCGCUUGUCUCUUUUGGAGCACGCUCGCUAUAACUUUCGCUCUCAUUUGCUGGUCCUUCGAGCCGGAUCCUGCUGUCCGGUGCCUGUGGGUGUAGUGAGUGCAGGGCCUGUGGUGAUUUUCGUCGGAGCUUCUUCGGUCAUCACAUCCUAAGAGACAAAAAUGAGUAAAGACACGGACUCAAUCAUGCGGACUCAAUUCGAGUUGUACGGCGUAUUGCACGCUCGUACGAAAACUUGCGGAAGUCGGGGUCCGCCAACAUUUCUGUCGAGCUGGUGGAGGCACGACUCCAAGCCCUGGAAGCCAACUGGGCGAAAUUCGAACUCAAUCAUGACAAGCUCGACACAUCCUGGGAGGCCUUACGCGAGACCGACUACGUCAAGAAAGACAUGAUAACAUUAACAGAGGAAACGUACCUCACACAGAAGGGCAUGUUAUCGGGAGCGCUCUACCGUCUCAAAUGCGAGAGAAACGAGGCGUCCGCUGCGAGCACACCGAUAUCACAGCCGCCGCGAACGACCUCAAUAUGAUUAUAUGAAAAUAUAAUUAUAAUUUAUAUUAAAGUUCAAUGCUUUUUUUAUAGGGCAACCAUAUCUAUGGUGGCGACACUGUCGCAAUGACAGCAUUGCAAACAGCGUCUUGGAGAGAUUAGAGAUUGUAUUGUGACGAACUACAACGGUCUACAGACUGUAAACUGUGAGUCAUAUAAUUAUCAACAGAUAUUAUCGCGCGCUUUCUUCUAGAGACGUGCCUCUAUCUUGCUUGCGUAAAAUUGUUUCCGAGCCCGUUUGACUACGCAUCAUUUGAACAAAAUUGCGCAGCAAAGCUAUCUUUUCCCCUGUGAUCGAACCACGAGACGCAACGCCAUGUGUUCCGCCGAGCCCAACAAUAUCAAUAAUGGCGAAAGAAAUAACGACGAUGUUGGCGAUGCGUUUGUAUCAUUGGGGAUCAGCAGGAACAGUAUAACUUCUAGUAUAGCAUCAUUACAAACAUCACCAACUGUACGUUAUGCUACCCAUUAUAAGAUGAAUCAUUCUAAACGUGGUGUAGCUUUAAUCUUUAAUCAAGAAUUUUUCACUGCUGCACAUCUCAAACCUCGCAUUGGUACAAAUGUAGAUUGUGAUAAUCUUAUUAAUACGCUAAAAAAUCUUGGAUUUGAAGUGAAUGAUGUUCAUAACUCUACUCAUGCAGACAUAGUAAAACAGUUAGAAAGAGUUGCAGACAUGGAUCAUUCUGACCAUGAUUGCUUGGUAGUAGCUGUGUUAAGUCAUGGAGAACUUGGUCGAAUCUUUGCUUAUGAUACUUCAUACAAAGCAGAUGGUCUUUGGCAAUACUUCACUGCCGAUAGAUGCCCGACUCUCGCCGGGAAACCUAAACUUUUUUUCAUUCAAGCUUGCCAGGGUGACAGAUUGGACCCAGGCGUCACUCUUAAGGAACGGACAGAAACAGAUGGAUUAGCAUCUGCAACAUAUCGUAUUCCUUCUCAAGCUGACUUUAUGAUUGCCUACUCGACCAUACCAGGUUACUAUUCCUGGAGAAACACUAGCCGUGGAUCAUGGUUCAUACAAGCCUUAUGCUCGGAAUUACGCGAAAAUGGUACUCGUUAUGAUUUACUGACUUUGUUAACUUUUGUUGCCCAGCGUGUUGCCAUAGACUUUGAAUCAAACACACCUGAUAACAUAACUAUGCAUCAACAAAAACAAAUUCCAUGUCUCACUUCAAUGCUGACACGUUUAGUAAAAUUUACAUCUCCAUUAAAUGGAGUUGUAUAGUCAGUUGUAUAAAAGGGGAUAUGAAAAAUGUAUGUGCUUUAUAUUUGUGCCAGUGACAAAUUAUAUAUUAAAACACUUUUUUAUUCUUUUUCUUUUUUUUAAUUACAUUAUUAAAUACAUUAUAUUACAUUAUUAAUUUUUUUCUUUUUCUUUUUUUUUUAUGGUUCUUUUCUUCUCUAAGAGAUAAAUACAACCACUGCCACAUUCAUAAUUAUAUUCUUUUUUAUAUUUUUACUUUUUAUUACUAUAUGAGAGAAAAACAUAUUGUUAUAAAAACAGCUGAUUUUAAAAACAAAACAUUGCAUUUAUAAUGAAUAAAAUAUAAAAU